AUGAUGCAGCUGCCGCAGCAUCACAAGCCCUCCGCCCACUCCUGCUGCUCGUCGUGGAUCCGGAGGUCCCCGCCGCCGUCGCCGCCGCACAAGAAGCCGGGCGGCGGCGGGAGGAGCCGGUACGCCUGCCGCCUCGUGCCCCUGCUCGUGCUCACCGUGUACAGCGUCGUCACCGUGCUUCGCAUCCCCAGCUCCUCCCUCGUCGUCUCCCCCGCCGAUUCAGAGCGCGUGGAAAGGAGGGAGGACUUGGAGGCGCUCAAGACCCACCUGCCGUCGAACCAGAACAGCCUCGAGGCCCGCGAGGAGACGCGGUCGGUCGCCUCCCUCCCCUGCUCCGCCUUCAUCAGCGGUGAGGCGGGUCAUGGCGAGGGAGAGGGCGUCCUGUGCUGCGACCGGAGCCACUACCGCAGCGACGUGUGCUACCUCCGCGGCGACGUGCGCACGGACCCGUCCACCUCGUCGGUGCUCCUGUACAACGCGCCCCUCAGGAGCGCCGCCGAGAAGGUGCGGCCGUACACGCGCAAGUUCGAGGACAGCAUCAUGAGCACCAUCGACGAGGUGACCAUCCAGCCCGUCCCUGGCGCCUACAACGCGAGCGCCAGCGCGAGCGACGGCGGCACCCUGCGUCGCCGGUGCGACGUCCGCCACCCGCGCGGCGUCCCAGCGGUGGUGUUCUCGACGGGCGGGUACACGGGCAACGUGUACCACGAGUUCAGCGACGGGCUGAUCCCGCUGUUCGUCACGGCGCAGCGGUUCGCCGGCGAGGUGGUGUUCGUGGUGCUCGAGUACCACUACUGGUGGCUGGGCCGCUACGGCGCCGUCCUGCAGCAACUCACCAACUACAAGGUGGUGGACUUCCGCUACGACCGCCGCGUCCACUGCUUCGACGAGAUGAUCGUCGGCCUCCGCAUCCACGGCGAGCUCGUCGUGGACCCCAAGCUCAUGCCCAACGGCAAGAGCAUCAAGGAUUUCCAGGCGCUGCUCCACCAGGGCUACAGCCGGACGACGUCGUCGGCGUCGCCGCCCGUGCCUCUUCCUCUGGCGCCGCCAUCCCGGCCGUGCCCGCGCCCGGCCAAGCCGAAGCUGCUCAUCUUCAUCCGCAAGCAGAACCGGGUGCUGCUCAACCUCCCGCACGUGGUGACGGCGUGCCGCCGGGCCGGGUUCGCGCCGCACGUGAUGAACCUGCGGCGGCAGACCCCGUUCCCCGUCAUCCACGCCGCGCUGGCGUCGGCGGACGCCAUGGUGGCCGUGCAUGGGGCCGCCGUGACCCACUUCCUCUUCAUGCGCCCCGGGUCAGUGCUCCUCCAGAUCGUGCCCGUGGGCCUCGACUGGGCGGCCGACGCCUUCUACGGCAAGCCCGCGCUGCAGCUCGGCCUCGAGUACCUCGAGUACAAGGUGGCGCCCGAGGAGAGCUCGCUGGCCGCCGAGUACGGGCUCAACAGCACCGUGGUGCGGACGCCCUGGGUUAUCAGCAGCCGCGGCUGGUGGGAGAUGAAGAAGGUGUACAUGGACCGCCAGAACGUCACCGUUAACAUCAAGCGCUUCGGCGAGCUACUCAAGGCGGCGCGGACUCACCUCAAGAACACCACGGUGUGCGCCAAGGGCACCGGCGCUGCCACGGCGGCACUAAGGUAG